AUGCGAUCUCAGAGAAAAAGAUCUGCCCCAUCUUGGCUAAAAGAAAAGCCUUACAUAAAAGUAAGGCUUACACAGGAUGGUUAUAUCUCGAAAGUGACGGAAUCGUGGAAAUUAAAGCUGACGGAAGACGGUGAAACGUUGAAAGGCUCUCUCGCAAACUACAGUUUUUGUAUUGGUCAGAAAGUCUGGUGCUACUGGAAGACUGCAGAUGAGAAGGAAAAAGCGUAUUUUGAAGGGGAAGUUAUCGAGAUGUGGGAUAAUUCGACAAUUGUCGAGGACAACCUACCGAACGAAGUAGAUGAGCCCGAUGAGAUCGUUGAAGAUGAUAAGGUUGAGGUUUUGCCAACUCCAAAGAAGCGGCCAAAAGUUGUCAAAAAGACCGCCAAACGCCAGCUUGAAAAACCAACGAAUGACAACGAUGAAGAGGCAAAGGCAGCUAAGCGGUUGGCCAACAAAGAGAAAGCUAUGGCUGAAAAAGCCAAACAGGAGGAUAACCUCACCCAGAGUAAGGAGUUGCUGGAAAUCUCUGAUGAAUCAACGGUAUGA